AUGUUUAGACAACAAGCCAUUAAACUUUCCACAAGGAGAGCCCUAUUCUCCACAUCUUCCAAGAAUAUGGUUCAUUUCAAGGAUGGUGUUUACAAUAAUCUUCCAUUCAAGGUGGUAAAUAGAAAGAUACCUUAUGGUGUGGUUCAUUUUGGAUUCUUUGGUGUUGGUUUAUUGGUUCCAUUUAUUAUUACCUGGGCUCAAUUAAAGAAAUCCGGGUCAUUAUGA